GCACUGCCGAUCAAAACCUCGACAUUCACGAAACUCAUCCAAAAAUUCACAUCCCACAAAUUUUUCUCAGUUAAAAACUCGAGAUGGGCUUCCUCUGCAAUGUAGUCGACGCUGUGCUCUUCGUCUUCUUCCUCAUCAUCGCCGCCGCAGCGCCGCUCCUCGACGCCCAAUCCUGCCUCCCGCGGCGCCUCUUUCCGCCGCUCCUCUUGGAGCUCAAGAGGUGGUACACGGAAGAACACGGCGAUUAUUUGAUCUCUGAAAGCCCGCAUUUCUUCGUCGGGCUUGUUUGGGUGGAGCUCGUCUUCCAGUGGCCUCUCGCUCUCGCGUCUCUCUACGCCAUUGCAGCGGGGAAGUCGUGGCUGAACACCACCUGUUUGCUUUAUGGCGCUUCCACUCUGACCUCCAUGGUUGCAGUACUAGCAGAGCUGAAACGAUCCAACCGGGCAUCUGAUAAGCUCAUAGACAUGUAUUUCCCAUUCUUGGGGUUUGCGGGUUUAGCCGUGUUGCGUGGUUUGUUCGGUCACUCAGAGAGGAGCGCGACAAUCGGGAGACGGCCUCUCCCAAGGAAAAAGAGGGCUUGACACUAAAGAUGUGCUCUUUAGAAAAUUAGUUCUAGCCUACAUUGUGAAAUAGAUUCCUUUUUUUGUUCUUGAUUUUGUAGUUCUUGGCUUGGAGUGUAGGAAUCAUGUUCUAUGGUAGUACUACUUGCUUAGACUUGUGAUUUUGUUCCCGCCGUUUUUUGAAAUUU